GCGGCUCCGUCUGCCACUUCUGGAAAUCCCUCGUGCUUGCUUGCAUUGCAUUCUGCGCCACGGCCUUCGUUCUGCGCCAGAGAUCGCCGUGUCCAAGCAAGGAAUGCUUCGUUCCACUUCGCUUGCUCUAGUACUAAUUCCCCACCCCGAUUCAUCCCCAAUUCGGCGCUUUCCACUCGUCCAGGGUCGCAUUCCCGACCGUUUUGUGAGACUUGGAGUUACUGAGCUGCGUCGCGGAGACUAAGGUCGGAGGGAGAUGGCGGCCACAUUGGCAUCCACCGCCGCUGCUGUCACUUCGGCACGUCUUUCUAAUGGAAGCACCACACCUCGUGGGGGUGGUUUUGCGAAGCGGGGGAGUGCCCUUGUAGGUUCCAACUCGUCGUCUUUGCGGGGAGCUAGACUGGCUGUCUCAUCUUCUUACUCUAGUGCUAGUGCUCGUGCUCAGCGACCUCGGAAGGGUGUUGUCUCGCCUCGCAAUGUGUCGGAUUCGCCUGUCGUCGGGGAGGCAUGCCUCGAUCCGGAUGCUAGCCGGAGUGUGCUCGGGAUUAUCCUCGGUGGAGGAGCGGGAAGCCGUUUGUACCCCUUGACGAAGAAGCGCGCGAAGCCGGCGGUGCCAUUGGGUGCCAAUUACCGGCUGAUAGAUAUUCCCGUCAGCAAUUGCAUCAACAGUAACAUCAACAAGAUUUAUGUGCUCACGCAGUUCAAUUCCGCAUCUUUGAACAGGCACUUGUCCCGAGCAUACGCUAGUAACAUGGGAGGGUACAAGAACGAGGGCUUCGUGGAAGUCUUGGCUGCUCAACAGAGCCCCGAAAACCCCAACUGGUUUCAGGGAACCGCUGAUGCAGUGAGGCAAUAUCUCUGGCUCUUUGAGGAAGCCCAGGUGUUGGAAUACGUAAUUUUGGCAGGAGACCACUUGUACCGUAUGGACUAUCAGAAAUUUAUUCAAGUGCACCGUGAAACGAAUGCUGAUAUCACUGUUGCUGCUUUGCCUAUGGAUGAAACUCGUGCCACCGCGUUUGGGUUGAUGAAAAUCAAUGACCAGGGACGGAUUAUCGAGUUUGCGGAGAAACCCAAGGGCGACGAGCUCAGAGCUAUGCAGGUGGACACAACUGUCUUAGGUCUAGAUGCCGCUAGAGCCAAAGAAAUGCCUUACAUCGCGAGUAUGGGUAUUUACGUCGUCAGCAAGGAGGCUAUGAUCUCUCUGCUUCGUAACGACUUCCCCGAGGCAAACGAUUUUGGAAGUGAGGUCAUUCCUGGUGCUACAGAGAUGGGCAUGAAGGUUCAAGCCUACUUGUAUGACGGCUACUGGGAAGAUAUUGGAACUAUCGAAGCCUUCUACAAUGCAAACUUAGGCAUCACGAAGAAGCCUGUUCCUGACUUCAGUUUCUACGAUAGGUCUGCCCCCAUAUAUACACAAGCUCGCUUCCUUCCUCCUUCAAAGAUGUUGGAUGCUGACGUAACGGACAGUGUGAUCGGAGAGGGUUGUGUCAUCAAGAAUGCCAGAAUCUACCAUUCAGUGGUUGGAUUGCGGUCUUGGGUCGCAGAAGGCGCUGUCAUCGAAGACGCACUUCUCAUGGGUGCUGAUUACUACGAGACCGACGACCAAAGAAACGAGCUGUUAGCUACGGGUGGCAUUCCCAUGGGCAUUGGCAAAAACUCAGUAAUCAAGAGAGCGAUUGUUGACAAAAACGCACGAAUUGGAGAGAACGUCCAGAUUGUGAACAAGGACGGUGUGCAGGAGGCAGCCCGGGAGACAGAUGGUUACUUCAUCAAGAGCGGAAUAGUCACAAUUAUCAAGGACGCGAUCAUCCCUCACGGAACAAUCAUCUAAGCUCUCACCGCCUUUCUCUGUGACAAUGCCCCCAAAGCGUGAUCGAGAAAGGAUCUUCCUGCAGGUUGUGGGUGGCAGUAACCUCUUCCCUCCAUUCCUCUCGUCUUUUGAUUUUUUUUUUUUUUCUCCAUUUCUCUGCAGGCGGAUGACUUGGAACUCGUGAUCAACUUUCGCUUCCGGCGCAGAUUUUUCUCGCUCGUCAGGUUUCAGUCAUCCGCCCAGAACUAGGCAGCAGAUGUGUGUGUGUAGGGUCUGAGCUGCAGUGAGAGCUACUUAUCAAUUUUGGUAGGACGACGUGUAUACAAGUCCCUGGAGCGUUGUUGUUGUUUCAACUAUGUAUCGUAACCAGAUCUCUAUUGUAUGAUUAGUGAGCUUUAAUCGAAAUUUACGAGCGAACUCUAUUCCCAUGAAUCAGAAGUUGUUUCCAUUGCUGUUCUUCCACCCCAAAGUCUCACUGAAGUUCUACAUUGAAUUUUGCGUAGCUCUCUUUCCUACCAAUAGGGUUCCGUGUCGAAAAUCCGCAUCAUCUUGAAGUAUGGAAUUGAGCGCCGUCAAGUGGCCCUGAAUCACGCUUCAUUUGAGGGGACGAACUGUUUGAAAGCGUGCGGCGGACGUCCACAAUCGCGGCACCAAUGUGGCGCCGGAGACAAAAACAACUCUAAAUUUUUUGUACCCUUUUCUGAAAAAGCUUAACAAGCGUUUCACCAAAGCUUUUCGGCAGAACUUUCUCUUUGGGUGCUUUUUUGGGGUAAUUUCUUAAUUUUUUUGUUUGAUUUUUUGCAGUUGGUAGACUGGAUUUAGUUGUUGAUAGGUUUGAUAGGUUUGUUACUAGAUGUGACUGUUUUUUUGAGAUUGAGUAAUUUGGUUCUAGUUAAAGAAUGAAUUCUUGA